CCGUGGCCCAGUCAGAGCAGGAGUUGCUCAGCCGCUGAGACAGGAGCAGGCUUGAGCUACUGUCAGGCUUAGAGCUCUGCUUCCUCGAGGCGCGGGUGAAACCCUGCCCUACCUGGCAAAGCCAGAGCGUUGAGCAGAGGGGCUGGGCAGCCCAGGUGCCAGCCCUGUCCUUUGCUGCCCGCGUUCCCCUGGCUGUUGGCAGCCCAGCAGCAGUUACCUGCUGUGCUGGUGGGCAACAGCCACACCGAGGCGUCCCUGGGCAGCUCGUGUCCCUCCAGCUGCCCACGGCUGCCGAGCAGCGUGAGGGCAUUCAGGAGCCAAGGCUGGGCCCUGCACGGAGGAAUCCUCCAGGAGAAGCGUGAAUCACCCGUCCUCAGGUGACCUCUGCGCCAUGGCCAGUGGCAAGACCCCCCGGCCCACGAGGUCCUCCAGAAGGGCGGAUGGAUUCCAGAGCAGAGUGGUAGCAUCUCGUAAUCCGAAGGUGGUCAGAGAGGCAGAAGAGUCUCUCACCACCAAGCAGAGGCUGGCCAGCCCUCGGGAGAUGAGGCGGCCCCGGACUACCCAGCUUCGGGGCAUGGGUGAAGUCUCCCAUCAAAAGUUCUCAGCAGUUGACCUGGACCAGAGGUUGUUCCAGCCUUUCCCAUCCGAGGUGGUGUUUGAGAACUACGUUCCCCACCAGUUCUACAUAGCGGCGCUAGCUCUGAGGAACGUGGACAGGGUUCCUCGUCUGCUGAACGUCAUCCUGGGGAACUCUCCGUACUUCGAGUUGAUCUGCCCGAGUGAUGAGGACUAUAAGGUAGCACCGGGCAUGUCUUCAACCUACCGCAUCCUUUUCAGACCUGAUGAGAACAAGGAUUACUUUGACGAGCUUACCAUCAUCACAGAGAGGGAGAAGUUCUUUGUGCCUAUCCGAGCCGUAGGUGCCCGAGCCACCCUGGACUUCCCUGAUCAGCUGAACUUCUCCGACUGUCCAGUCAGGUUCAGGACCCAGAAAACUCUGCUGGUGCGCAACGUGGGGAAGCGGGAGGCUUGCUACAGCAUCACCACUCUGAGCCCGUUCUCUGUGGAUCCUUCCAUUGGGACUCUUGGCGUUGGAGAAGCGAUGCAAGUCACAGUGGAAUUUCACCCGCCAAAGACCGGUGUUUAUUCCAGUCCCAUGAUUGUUCACUAUGACACAGGUGAAGAUGUUCACAAAAGCCUUUGUGGAACGGCUGUAAAUGUCAACAUCAGGCUUGACAAGAGCUCCUUGACAGUUGAGAAGACUUCCCUCACGCUGUCAAACCAAAGAUCCCUGGUGAUCCGCAAUCAGAGUGCCAUCACGGCCCACUUCCAGUGGAAGCGUUUUGUUGAUCAGGAAGAGGAGGAGCGGCAGAAGCUGAGGCUGCAGAGGCAGGAAGAGGACAAGCUGGUUGGUGUUCCUAAGGAGCACGGGGUAGUCCCCCCUCUCGGAGAACAGCCUUCCCUUCCCAUCUGCACCUCCCAGAACCAGGGGACAGAGGUGCAGGGAGGCUCCAUGCCUUUCUGCAAUGAUACUUUCACCAUUGUGCCCAUGGAGGGAGAUAUCUUGCCAAAUUCUUCGCUUGAAAUCAAUGUGAUCUUUAAGCCCAAAGAAGCCAGAGUCUACCAAGAGACAGUCUACUGUGACAUCUCAGGUACAGCUCCUUCCUCCUGCUCCUGUUCCCGCAGAGGAGGUACAAACACUCUUCCAGCCCGCUCGGAUCUCAUGUAGUUCUGGAGGGCUCAAGAGGGCAGUGCUGGCACAUGC